UAACAGCACAUGCGCAAUAUUUCCAAAAGCAUCUUAAAAACCGGCUGUAUUCCAAACUAUUCUCCAGAAUCAAGCAUUCGUCACCAUCUGAUUCCAGUACAUUAAAAAGAAACAAAUAUGAAAUAUUUUACUCUUGUUUUUGCUGUUCUCUUUCUUUCAACGAUUGUCUUUGGAUCACCAUAUGUCGUAGAAGGAGAUUAUGGAACGGUAGAAGAUAAUUUAUUACACAUUGACAAGCGGAGUUGCAUUCGGCGUUCAUCAAGCUGUGAUCAUCGCCCAAAUGAUUGUUGUUUCAGCUCUGCUUGUCGAUGCAAUUUAUGGGGUACCAAUUGCCGAUGUCAAAGAGCUGGUCUAUUCCAGCGUUGGGGCCGAAAAUGAAACGUCAUUCAAAUGAAAAUAUAAGACAACCAGAGGUUCCCCGUGAAAAUUGUAAUAUUGAAAAUUUAAAGAUAUUGUUUACAAUUAUUGUAGUUGUUAAAUUAAUAGUAUAAUAUGAUUUUUCGUUCGCAGAGUAUGAAAAGAUCAGCUAUUGUAUGCGUAUGUGUGUUAAUGUAACUUAUUAACUCGUCUUCAAAGUACAAAUAUUGAUUUUCCCUGAGCAUAGAGUUUCCUAUUUAUUGCUUUUAAGAUGCAUUUGUUGCAUUCAUUGACUAUAAUUUCAUUGGGAAAAAAUUUUUGAAAAUUAUUUUUCUUGAAAAACAUCAUGUGUUAAAAGAAAAUCAAUGGUACAAGUAGUUGGAAAAAAACAUGCAUUAUCAAAAGUUAGUUUUUCAACCUAUAAUCGAUCGAUUGCAACGAUGUUUUCUUCAAAAUUGAAGUGUCAUGAAAGAAUCAUGUUAAAAAGCAAUUUCCGAUUUUUAAAAAACCAUAAAUACUUUUCAAAAAAAAUUAUCGAUUUUUAAUUUAGAAUUUUUUAUUCAAAUUUUGAAAGCAUGGUUUUUAAA